AACCUGACGAACGUGGCCGUGCGCGAGUGCCUCGGGAAUCGAGUGAGUAACAAGUACUCGGAGGGUUACCCCAAGAAGAGAUACUACGGAGGGAAUGACUACAUUGAUAAAAUCGAGGAGCUCUGCCAAAAGAGGGCACUAGAAGCCUUCAACGUAAGCGAAGAAGAAUGGGGAGUGAACGUGCAACCUCUUUCCGGAUCUGCGGCCAAUGUCCAAGCCCUAUACGCUCUAGUAGGAGUAAAGGGAAAAAUAAUGGGAAUGCAUCUAUGCUCAGGAGGACAUUUAACACAUGGGUUCUUUGAUGAAAAAAAAAAAGUUUCAAUCACAUCGGACAUGUUUGAAUCAAAGCUCUACAAGUGUAACGACCAAGGAUAUGUAGACUUUGAUGUUGUUCGCGAGAUGGCCUUGUCCUUCCAACCUAAGGUCAUAAUAUGUGGAUACACGAGCUACCCUAGAGACAUAGACUAUCAGAAAUUUAGACAAAUCUGUGAUGAAGUGAAUGCAUAUCUAUUUGCAGAUAUUUCACACAUCUCAAGUUUUGUUGCAUGCAAAAUAUUGAAUAAUCCAUUUCUGCAUGCAGAUGUAGUUACCACAACGACUCAUAAAAUAUUAAGAGGGCCUAGAAGUGCUUUGGUAUUUUAUAAUAAAAAAAAAAAUCCAGGAAUUGAUCAAAAAAUAAAUAGUGCAGUAUUUCCUAGCUUCCAAGGGGGACCUCACAAUAACAAAAUUGCAGCUGUUGCUUGUCAAUUGAAGGAGGUUCAGUCAGCCGAUUUUAAGGCAUACACACAACAGGUUCUACUAAACAGUAAAGCACUAGCUAAAUCGUUACUUAGUAAAAAUAUUGACUUAGUUACCAACGGAACGGAUAAUCACCUUGUUGUUGUAGACCUGAGGAAGUUUGGCAUUACAGGAUCUAAACUACAGGAAACGUGUAAUGCGAUUAACGUGGCACUGAAUAAAAACACCAUUCCGUCGGAUGUGGACUGCGUCUCGCCGAGUGGGGUACGUAUUGGUACUCCUGCCAUGACUACCAGAGGUGCAAAGGAAAAGGACAUGGAAUUUAUCGCAGAUAUUUUGGAGAGGGCCAUCAAAAUAACUGUGGCUUUGCAGGAGCAGUAUGGAAAAAAACUCGUCGACUUUAAGAAGGGUUUGCCUGGUAAUGCUGAACUGCAGAAGUUGAAGCAGGAGGUUGUUAGCUGGGCCGGCGCCUUGCCCUUCCCCUGA